GAAAAUGGAAAACUGAACACUCAACUAGCUACAAACAGAUUAGUGCUUGACAUUCAUCUGCUUGUUUCGAUUCUUACUCAAACAUCAAUGGCACACAAGCAACUUUCUUCGCAGUCAGCCGUCGUAGGUACUGAAGAACAGGACCAGGAGGCCAUUGAUGAACUAAUUGCUUCACUUCCCAUAAGCAAAGACUUGGUUCGUCCUGUCCAUCGCCUUUACCAAAACUUUUGGUGCCCGAUCGACGUGCUUCCCAACGUGAUCGCGUUCCAGCGGCACUUCAAAGCCAAAGACAAGGACAUUGUCCUGGUCUCUAAUCCCAAAUCAGGAACCUCCUGGCUAAAGGCCCUAGUGUUCUCCAUCAUUAACCGCUCCUGCUUCGACAUCUCCAACACACCCUUGCUCACUUCGAGCCCCCAUGAAGUCAUUCCUUUCAUCGAGCUUAAGCUGUGGCCCAACCUUGACGGCCUUGCGGAGCCAACGCUCUUCGCAACGCACAUCCCUUACCCAUCCUUGCCGGAGAGCGUCAAGCAGUCGGACUGCCGGAUCAUUUACAUCUGCCGAAACCCAUUGGACACCGUGGUUUCCUCUUGGCACUUUUUACUCGAGAAGGCGCGGCUUGAGAACCAGCCAGAGUGGUCCUUGGAUGAGCAUUUCGAGACCUUUUGCCAAGGGCAAAUCUUGUUCGGGCCCUUUUGGGAUCAUAUCACAGGGUACUGGAAAGAGAGCUUGGAGAGGCCACACAAGGUGUUGUUCCUCAAGUAUGAAGACUUGAAGGAAGACGUUGGAAAACAGCUGAAGCAGGUGGCCGAGUUUGUGGGGCUUCCCUUCACUGACGAGGAAGAGGAGGGAGGUGUGAUUGAAGAGAUAGCCAAAAUGUGUAGCUUGAAGACCCUCAAGGACCUGGAGGUCAACAAAUCCGGCCAAUUACCGGCUAAGAAUGUCAAGGUUGAGAAGAGAAGCUUUUUUAGGAAAGGCGAGGUGGGUGAUUGGGUUAACCAUCUCACUCCUUCCAUGGUGGAUCGCCUCAAUAGUAUCAUCCAAGAGAAAAUCAGCCCCUUUGGGUUACAGUUCAAAACACAUUGAGUGUUAAUUAUUUUCACUUUCUCUGUGUCAUUAGAAAAAAACGAUGUUAAUAAUGGAUGGAUCUGCAGUCCUCCUUACUGGUGUAGUAGUAUAGAGAGCUCAAGAACCUUGACUUCUCUGUUGCGAGAGAUGAAACUAAUAUUUGAUGCUGAUUAUGUGUAAGGAUAGGAAACAAGAACUAUUUGUUGCACUGGUCGACUACAUCUGAUACUGUAAACUACUACAAUCCUAUAACAGUUGCACGUGUUGUCCACCCGUUUAGUCAAUUAGAGAUCAUGCAUUCUUAAAUUUACUGUUAAUUCAUCCA